AUGUCCGCCGCCGUCGCCUCCGUCCCGGCCCCAGCGCCAAAGAAGCUGGAAAAGAAGCCCGUCAAGUUCUCCAACUUGCUUCUGGGUGCCGGUCUCAACCUCUUCGAGGUCACCACGCUCGGCCAACCCUUGGAGGUCAUCAAGACCACCAUGGCUGCCAACCGCAGCGAUAGUUUUGCCUCUGCCCUCCGCCGCAUCUGGAACCGUGGUGGUAUCUUUGGCUUCUACCAGGGUCUUAUCCCAUGGGCCUGGAUUGAGGGCUCCACCAAGGGUGCCGUGCUCCUCUUCGUUGCCUCCGAGGCCGAAUAUCAUGCUCGUGCCGCUGGCGCCGGUGACUUCGUUGCCGGUAUCACCGGUGGUAUCGUUGGUGGUGUUGCGCAGGCGUAUGCCACCAUGGGCUUCUGCACCUGUAUGAAGACGGUCGAGAUUACCAAGCACAAGAUGAGCGCCUCCGGCCAGAAGGCCCCCGGCACUUGGGCCACCUUCAUGGACAUCUACCGCCGCGAGGGUAUCCGCGGUAUCAACAAGGGCGUCAACGCCGUUGCCAUUCGCCAGAUGACCAACUGGGGUUCCCGUUUUGGUCUCUCCCGCCUUGCUGAGCAGGGUAUCCGCAAGGCCACGGGCAAGGAGGAGGGACAGAAGCUGGCCGCGUGGGAGAAGAUUCUCGCCUCCACCCUUGGUGGUGGUCUUUCUGCUUGGAACCAGCCCAUCGAGGUCAUCCGCGUCGAGAUGCAGAGCAAGAAGGAGGACCCCAACCGUCCCAAGAAGAUGACUGUCGGCAACACCUUCAGGUACAUCUACCAGACCAACGGCAUCAAGGGCCUGUACCGCGGUGUAACACCCCGCAUUGGUCUUGGUAUUUGGCAGACCGUCUGCAUGGUUGCUUUCGGCGAUAUGGCCAAGACCUACGUCGAGAAGUUGACCGGCGAGGCCGUCACCGCGAAGCACUAA